GUGUGGAGGUGUUUGUUGCAGGGGGGUGUUCCCAAAAAAAGCCACCAGUGCCUUCCACACGUGUAGCAGAGCAGUGCUGUCCUGGUGUAAGUCUCGUCAGGGCCAUUUCACCGUAGGGACUGCAAAGAGUCAGCAAUCAUGGGGAGAGAGAGCGGUGCUGAAAAUGAAGGGAAGAAGAUGAAAAAGGAAAGGCAUUUGGCUGAGCUGAAGAAGGAGGUGGACAUGGAUGACCACAAAGUCUCCUUGGACGAGCUGUCGAAGCGAUAUGGAAUGGACUUAAAUCGGGGUCUCACCUACGCCAAGGCCUUGGAGGUCCUGGCACGAGACGGCCCCAACGCUCUCACCCCGCCCCCCACCACGCCCGAAUGGGUCAAGUUCUGUCGGCAGCUGUUUGGCGGCUUCUCCGUUCUCCUCUGGAUCGGUGCCCUGCUCUGCUUCCUCGCCUACAGUAUCCAGGUGGCCACGGAGGACGAGCCGGCCAAUGACAACUUGUACUUGGGGGUGGUGUUGUCUGCCGUGGUGAUCAUCACUGGCUGUUUCUCCUACUACCAAGAAGCGAAGAGCUCACGGAUCAUGGACUCCUUCAAAAACAUGGUUCCUCAGCAAGCCCUGGUGAUCCGCGAGGGGGAGAAAAUGCAGAUCAACGCUGAGCUGGUGGUGCAGGGAGACCUGGUGGAGAUCAAGGGAGGAGACCGCAUCCCGGCCGACCUGAGGGUCGUGUCAGCCGCUGGCUGCAAGGUGGACAACUCCUCCCUAACAGGGGAGUCGGAGCCCCAGAGCCGCUCGCCGGAGUUCACCCAUGACAACCCCCUGGAGACCAAGAACAUAUGCUUCUUCUCCACCAACUGUGUGGAAGGCACGGCUCACGGUAUUGUGAUUGCCACGGGCGAUCGCACCGUCAUGGGCCGCAUCGCCACGCUGGCAUCCGGGCUGGAGGGGGGCCAGACCCCCAUCAACAUGGAGAUCGAGCACUUCAUCCACCUCAUCACGGGCGUGGCCGUCUUCCUGGGCGUGUCCUUCUUCAUCCUGGCCAUCGUCUUGGGCUAUGGUUGGCUGGAGGCCGUCAUCUUCCUCAUCGGCAUCAUCGUGGCCAAUGUGCCAGAGGGUUUGCUGGCUACAGUCACGGUGUGUCUGACCCUGACCGCCAAGCGUAUGGCCAAGAAGAACUGCCUGGUGAAGAACCUGGAGGCCGUGGAGACCCUGGGCUCCACCUCCACCAUCUGCUCCGACAAGACGGGCACCCUGACCCAGAACAGGAUGACCGUGGCCCACAUGUGGUUCGACAACAUGAUCCACGAGGCCGACACCACCGAGGACCAGUCUGGGGCCACGUUCAACAAGAGCUCGGCCACCUGGGUGGCUCUGGCCCGAGUGGCGGCGCUCUGCAACCGGGCUGAGUUCAAAGCUGGCCAGGAGCACACCCAGAUCCUGAGGAGGGACACGGCAGGAGACGCCUCUGAGUCAGCUCUUCUCAAGUGCAUCGAGCUGUGCUGUGGGAGCGUGCGCGAGAUGAGGCUGCAAAACCCCAAAGUAGGAGAGAUCCCCUUCAACUCCACCAACAAGUACCAGCUUUCAAUUCACGAGGUGAAGGACAACCCUUCCAGCCAUCUGCUGGUGAUGAAAGGAGCACCUGAGAGGAUAUUAGACAGGUGUAGCAGUAUUAUGAUCCAAGGAGAAGAUCAUCCUAUGGAUGAUGACUGGAAAGAUGCCUUCCAGAGCGCGUACAUGGAACUAGGAGGACUGGGAGAGAGAGUUCUGGGCUUCUGUCACCUGAACCUGCCCCCCUCCCAGUUCCCACGGGGCUUCACCUUUGACUGUGAUGAAGUCAACUUCCCCGUUGAGAACAUGUGCUUCCUGGGCUUGAUAUCCAUGAUCGACCCCCCCCGCGCAGCCGUGCCCGACGCCGUGGGAAAGUGCCGCUCAGCUGGCAUCAAGGUGGUCAUGGUGACAGGUGAUCAUCCAAUCACGGCCAAAGCCAUUGCUAAGGGCGUGGGGAUCAUCUCUGAGGGCAAUGAGACGGUGGAGGACAUUGCUGAGAGGCUCAACAUCCCCCUGAGCCAAGUCAACCCCAGGGAUGCCAAGGCCUGUGUUGUGCACGGGUCGGACCUGAAGGACAUGAGCGUGGAGUACCUGGAUGACUUGCUCAGGAACCAUACUGAGAUAGUGUUUGCCCGCACCUCACCUCAGCAGAAACUCAUCAUUGUGGAGGGCUUCCAGAGACAGGGAGCGAUUGUUGCUGUGACGGGUGAUGGUGUGAAUGACUCGCCAGCCCUGAAGAAGGCUGACAUUGGGGUUGCCAUGGGGAUCGCAGGUUCCGAUGUCUCCAAGCAAGCUGCUGACAUGAUCCUUCUGGAUGACAACUUUGCUUCUAUUGUCACAGGAGUUGAGGAAGGUCGUCUGAUCUUUGACAACCUGAAAAAGUCCAUUGCCUACACCCUGACCAGUAACAUUCCAGAGAUCACACCCUUCCUCCUCUUCAUCCUGGCCAGCAUUCCUCUUCCUCUGGGCACUGUCACCAUCCUGUGCAUUGACCUGGGAACAGACAUGGUUCCUGCUAUUUCCUUGGCCUACGAGACAGCCGAGAGUGACAUCAUGAAGCGUCAGCCCAGGAAUCCGAAGACGGACAAGCUGGUGAAUGAGAGACUCAUCAGUAUGGCCUAUGGCCAGAUAGGUAUGAUUCAGGCUCUGGCUGGGUUCUUCACUUACUUUGUGAUCUUGGCUGAAAAUGGCUUCCUCCCACAAACACUGCUGGGAAUCCGUCUGAACUGGGACAGCCGUGUUGUCAACGACCUAGAGGACACCUACGGACAGCAAUGGACCUACGAGCAGAGGAAGAUCGUCGAGUUCACCUGCCAUACAUCUUUCUUCGUCAGUAUCGUGGUUGUGCAGUGGGCUGACCUUGUCAUCUGCAAGACCAGGAGGAACUCGGUCUUCCAGCAGGGAAUGAAUAACCGUAUCCUGAUAUUUGGCCUGUUUGCUGAGACGGCCCUGGCUGCCUUCCUGUCCUAUUGCCCGGGGAUGGACAUUGCCCUGCGCAUGUACCCACUGAAGGUCUCAUGGUGGUUCUGUGCCUUCCCGUAUAGUCUGCUCAUCUUCAUCUAUGACGAGAUACGGAAAUUAAUUAUUCGUAGAUGCCCUGGAGGAUGGGUGGAACUGGAGACAUAUUAUUAACAUUCAAAAAAUGUCAGUUUGUAUGUGAUUGUCUCUGUGAAUGUGUUUUUUGUGUGUGUGUGUGAGUGAGAGAGCGGGAGAGGAAGACCAAGAGUCUGAGUGUGUCUGUCAGUCAAAUGUUGAAGUUUACUGUUGCAUGGAUCGGUAGACUCUGAUUAUUCUACAGAAUGCUGCUGCAAAUAAGCUUUUGAUAGUGAUUGAUAUUUUAGAAUUUUCCAGUGUCAAGCAGAAGGACUUUUGCAUGAUGCAGUGGAAUAUUAAUGUACCUCAAGUUGUGUCGACAUCAGCAAGUGAAAUGUUCCAAUAAAAUCUAUUCCAAAUAGA